CAGGAAAGACCAGAUGUCACCCGAGGCUUAAAUUGGUCGGUCGAGCUUGUGGCUAGAGCAACCACAAAAAUGCCACAGAAAACCAAAAUCCCUCCGAGAUAACACCGAAUAAUUUGUUUCAAUUCCCCCUCAGACUUCAUAAUACAUCACACUUCUCAAUUCUGUCGUGAAGAAAUAUUCGACCACCUUGGACCGGUAACAUUGUAUCAAGCAGGCACAAGAAUGGAUAAACUUACUGAAGAGCAAAUUCAAGAGUACAGAGAUGCAUUUCAACACUUUGACAAGGACAGCAGUGGUUUCAUUACCACCAAAGAAUUAGGAAAUGCCAUGCGCUCUCUUGGCGAAAAUCCACGCGAAGAAGACCUACAGAUGAUGAUUAACAGCGUGGACAUUGAUGGAAAUGGUCAGAUGGAUUUUGAGGAAUUUGUCAAAUUGAUGGUGGCAAAAAAUCAGUUUUCUUUCAACGAGGAGGAAGCCAAAGAAGCAUUUCAUAUAUUUGAUCGCGACUGCCGAGGCUUUGUGAUGUCGGAUGAACUACGACAAGUCUUUCAGACCCUUGAGGAAAAGAUUCCGGAUCAUGAAAUCAAUGAUAUGUUACAAGAUCAAAAGCAUCAGUUUCAGAGGAAGAUAACUUUUGAUGAUUUUUUUCAAAUGACCAAAGAAGGUGUCUGCCCUAAGGAGUCCAAGCAAAAGGAGAAAGAGCCUGCUCGCCCAAAAUAUGCACGGAGACGGCAAAAGUUUUAUAUCUACAGCUAAACCCUUUGGUGAUGGUACUGUUUGUGUUAUGCGAUGGGAUCUGUUUUGUUCAAAUAAUUUUGUCAGCUCUUCCAGUAAACCUUUAACGCUCUUGUAUGAAGCAAAGAUGGAAUUAUUUAAAAACCUUCUUCGCAUGCGUUCAUAUACAUUCAAUACGUGACGUGAUUCUUCUUAAGUAAUCUUAAAAUCCCAACUCUCGUACCAUUUCCGAAGCCACCAGCGCGAUUGAGAGAAAAUCGAUUUGUACUCACGUAAACAUGCCAUUUCUAAGAUGAGUAUAUGUCGCAUAAAUCCAAAGAAACUGAAUUGCUCGAGUCUAAGAAAACUUCUUAGGAAUUCUCUUUCGUAUGACCUAUGAAUGGGAAAUCACGCUCAUUUAACUUUCCACUGCUGUACUGUAACGUAAUGAUCUACGGGAAGUCCGUGAUAAAGGUUGAAGUCCGUGAUAAAGCGUGAAGAUUGUGCUGAUCAUGACGUCAUGAUUAUUGUUAUCUAGGAUGUUGUGGACAUUUUUCUCUACUCAAGAUGACAAUGAUUCAAGUAUACGGUUAUCGAUAUAUUUCUCCUUUCUUUAUAUAUGCCUUUACUGGAUAUUGCCUAUAAACACUUUUUUUUAAGAAACUGUGCCUGUAAGUUAAAUAAGGUAUCUAUCCUUAAACUUGAAAAAUUACCAUUAUCAGUUGAUAUAUGCUUCAAUACACUGUAUGUAAACCGUUUUUGAUAAACCAGAGACCACAGUGCUGUGCUCAAAAGUUAAUUAGAGUUGUGGCUCCUUUAAUCGAGUCUUUAUCCUAAAUGACAAGUAUUUACUGUGAGUACUGUUCGUUCCAUCCAGAAAAUUAAAUAAAGUUUGCAUACUAUAAAACUGUAAUAGCAAAAAAUCUUACACUUGUCCUAAUCAAAGGUAAAGUAUUCAAACUGACGUAACU